CUUCCACUUCCUCUCUUUCUCUUCUUCUUCUUCGCCUUCUUCUUCUUGUUUUUCUUCUGAUUCCCAGUUAUUCCGUCGAUGCCCAUCCGCUUCAGAGUUGCAUGUUUGAUGCCAUUUAUCAAAUGGGCGAUUCCAUCUCCGACACCGGCAAUCUCGUUCGCGAGUCUCCCCUUGGUUCCUCCACCGCUUUUGCCCGCCUUCCCUAUGGCCAAACCUUCUUCGGCAAUGCCACCGGCAGGUGCUCCGACGGCCUCCUUAUGAUCGAUUACCUCGCGCUGGCUGCUGGACUUCCAUUUGUGAAUCCAUACAUGAACAGGGAUGCCAACUUUGGCCAUGGCGUCAAUUUUGCGGUUGCUGGUUCUACUGCUUUGCCAACCGAUGUUCUUGCACGGAAUGGCAUCGUCUCUUUGGUCACCAACACCUCCCUUCAUGUUCAACUCCAUUCCAUGCUUUCCCACUUCAAUUCCAUUUGUUCCAAUCAAAGAGAUUGUGUAGAGAAACUCCAAACAGCACUGUUCAUGGUGGGAGAGACCGGAGGCAAUGACUAUAACUAUGCUUUGUUUCAAGGAAAAUCUACUGAACAAUUGAAGAGCCUUGUCCCCAACGUUGUUGCCACCAUAAAGCAUGCUGUUGAAAGAGUGAUCGAAUAUGGCGCUGCCCGGGUGGUUGUUCCUGGCAAUUUCCCUAUUGGUUGUAUGCCAAUCUAUCUCACAGGCUUCCACACCAACGAUUCGGCAGCCUAUGACCAAUUUGGAUGCUUAAAAGAGUUGAACAACUUUGCAAUGUAUCACAAUGAUCAUUUGCAAAAGGCCAUCAAUGAAUUGGUAGGAAAAAACCCAAAUGCUAUCAUUGCAUAUGCCGAUUAUUAUAAUGCUUUCCUAUCGCUCCUUCAGAAUGCCCCAUCUCUUGGUUUUGAUGAGCUUUCUACACAAAAAGCUUGCUGCGGGAAAGGAGGGGAUUACGAUUUUGAUUUGGCCAACAUGUGUGGAGCUCUAGGAGUACCUGUUUGUCCCGAUCCUCACCGUCACAUCAGUUGGGAUGGUGUUCAUUUGACAAGCAAUGCGUACAAAUAUAUGUCAGAUUGGGUCAUCAAAGAUCUUUUGCCCAAGUUACAGUGCAUUUUCUAA